GCUCUGAGCUGUUACGAGGUCCCCAGUUUCGAUUGGAUCUCCAACUAUAUGAAAAUUUCCUGGCUCAUCCUGUCAAAAAACAGCUUCUAAGCAACUGGAUGUUUUAAUGGCGGAAGAAAGAGGGGAAUUCCAAUAGGAAAAGGAAUAUCUGCCACGAGUAUGGAAGGAGAAGAUGAGGGCAGAACGAUAUUGGUGUCAGGAAUCCCAACUGAUUUCCGUUUGGAAGCCAUUCAGUCUUAUUUUGAGAACAAGAGUAGAUCAAGUGGAGGACCUAUUAAAGGAAAGCCAGAACGGAUCCAAGAUUCUGAGGAAGUUAUUAUCACUUUUGAAUCGGAAAAAGAUGCAGAAAAUGUUGUCCAAAGGAAGGUCCAUAAUGUAAGCAAACAUAAACUUCAUGUGGACUGGUAUAAAAAUCUAGUCUGGCAAGAAGAUGCAGUGAUUGUGUCAAAUGGCCCCAAAGACAUGUCGGAAAAAAUGUUAAUUGAUUUUUUGGAAAAGACAGGAAAAUUGGAUAUUGUAUAUGUUUCCCCUGGAAGAAAAGCUGGAACUUUUCUUGUGUAUUGCCAAAAUGAAAUUGAUUUUGAGUAUGUUCAGAGGAUGUGCCAAAACACCCCUUAAAAGGAAAUCAACUGAAAGUGGAUAGAAUUAAGGAAAUAAACAGUGUUCAAGUGAAAAACGUUUCUUCAAAUGUCAGCUCUGAGAGUCUUCAAAGAUAUUUUGGAAACAGUAAAAGAAGUUCUGGUGGAGAUAUUUCUUCAGUUCAACAACAAACCUCUGAUACUUACAUUAUAAGUUUUAAAGAGGCAUAUGUUGUGCUGGACGUUUGUAGCAGAGAUCAUAUACUGCAAAAUGUGGAGUUAGAUGUUCAACCGUUCUGGGAACCAUGUGAAGAAAAUACCAUUUCAAGCCAGCAAGUCCAUGACUAUUUACUACCUUCCAAGUUCCAUCUGACUUUCUUACAGAAACAUAAAAUCAUAGUUAAUGACCAAUUAAUGAGAUGGGCUGAAGUAAUUUGGAAAGAUUCCAAGUUUAAUAAACUGAAAUUAAGUUAUUCUGAAGGAAAUUUGAAGCAAAUUGAACAACGUUUGGAAGAGUUAUUAAAUUCCAUUAUUGUUGAAAUUAUUGAUGUUCCAACCGAUAUUUUUGAAGAAGUUGCUAGAACAUUUAAAAGUGAAGAGGAUAAGGUGUAUUUUUAUUUUGAUAACCGAAAUUUCCAAGCUAAUAUUUUGGGAUUUAAUAAAAGUAACGUGAUUAAAAUGAAAAA